AUGGCUGUGCCUACGACACCAGAAGGGCUUCCUCUGGACGAUCGUUCAAAUGCCAUCAAGAUACCACUUAUUGUAUUGAUUGUAUUCAGCUCCAUCUUCGUUGCAAUUCGACUGGGCAUCAAUUGGAGGAACAGGAAUUUCUUUCUUCUCACAGAUCAUUUGCUAUGGACUGGACAUGUAGUAGCUAUAGCAGGCGGUGCAUGCUGCUACAAAAUGGCUGAAUACGGUGGCGGAAAGCACGUCUGGGAUCCAUUCAUGACACCACAACGCCUGGAAAAACAACUCUACUAUGUUUGGCUGAGCCAGAUACUCAAUCUCUACGGAAUGGCACUGGUCAAGCUUAGUGUCUGCGCCUACAUUUUCAUGCUCGACUUUUCCAAGACCUUUCGCAUCAUGAUCUGGAUCUCGAUUGUUGUGCAUGUGGGGAUCAACUUUGUGUUUCCCACGGUGGUUUUAUUCGGGGAAUGCACGCCCUACUCCAAGCAUUGGGACGUGACGGGAACCAAGCCUGGUUCAUGUUGGGGAUCAAAGCCGAGGGUUAUCUCGGGCUACUCUGGAGCAGCAGUCAACAUUGCGACGGAUUUGCUGUACACAAUGGCGCCUUUGGUGUACAUUUCGCGGGUUCAGCUUUCGAAGCGCACAAUCUGGGGUGUCCGCGCAGUCUUUCUCUGCGGUCUUGUGACAACAACAAUCUCCGCAUUAAAACUACACGAAAUGAAGGCGCUGGCCAACACCAAAGACCCAAGCUUCGAAUCUGUCAACCUGAGCAUCUUUGCCUCAGCCGAAGUCUUCGUCGGCGCAUUCACCGCUUCACUACCCCCACUACGGAAAACAUUCGAAAACUUCUUGCGCAAGAUCCUUCCCACCAGCAUCACCGGCUCCUCAGGCAAAGGCUCAAAAGUAUCCCGUCAAAGCUACAUGCUCGACGACAUGGAGGCGCGGUCGACUGCCAAGUCCUGGCCGGGCAAACCGGAAACAGAUGGCGACAGCGAGUUGGGCAUACUACCUGAUGAAGGAAUCGCAAGGCCAACAAAUAGCUCCGACCAAGCAAUUACGAAAACCACACACGUCACCGUGACAGAAGACGACCGAAGUGCGAUUUCACGGCAUCACACCCAUGCCCUGCAUAACCGAGGUCACCAUCAAAUCAUCGUUGAAACCACUCCCUUCUCCAACAUCUCUCUAACCAACCAACCAACCAACCAACCAACCUUUUCUUUUACUAACCCAUACAACCCAUUUCGCGUCAGAAUGUCGACGUCAAUUCCAUACACCGUCUCCCUCUCCUUCCGCGGCUACGCCCAAGGCCGCACAUUUCAUGAUCCGCAAACAGGGCUCCCGCAAUGCCACUAUUUCGGCGGCAUACCUUACGCGCUCCCUGCGCAACGCUUCCAGCGCGCGAAACCGCUGCCGCCGUGCUAUCGCUACGGCACGCAGGUUAACCCAGGGGUGUUUGACGGCGCCUGUGGAGUGUGUCCGCAGCCAGCGUCUGGACCGGGGAAAGAGGAUCAAGUCGGAGAGGAAGACUGUUUGCAGUGUAAUGUUUGGGUUCCGAGCGGUGAGGUACCAGUGGGAGGUCAUUUAGGCUGGCCAGUGCUAUUUUGGAUUCACGGCGGCUUCCUCCAAUGGGGCACCCCCAACGGCCUCGAUCUCCGGUCUCUCCUCUCCGACUCGCCCACGCGCUGCAUAAUCGUAGCCCCCGCGUACCGCCUCAAUGUAUUUGGGUUCUUGGGUUCACGUCAGCUCGAUGACGCGUGCGGUGGCGGUAGCGGUAGCGGCGAGUACGAUGCUAACGUAGGGUUCUGGGAUCAGCGGCUAGCGCUGCAGUGGACUCACGAGAAUAUCGCGUAUUUUGGGGGUGACGCGGCGAAUAUCACGCUAGGUGGUUACUCGGCUGGCUCGCAUUCUGUGUUCCAUCAGUUGUCGUAUGACUUGGGGUUGCCCGCGAGCAAAGCGGUAGUGAAGAGGGCCAUGAUGCUGUCGAAUGGGCCGGGGAUGCAACCAAAGAGCUUGGACGAGGCGCAAGAUCAGUUUGAAGAGCUGAUGCGGGUUUUGAGGAUCGAUGCCGGAUUGGGGCCCGCGGAGCAGCUGGGGAGGCUAAGGGCGGUGCCGGCUAGUGAGAUUGUCAAGGCGAGUGGGAAGAUGAAGUUGCAUCAGUUUCGCGCGGUGACGGAUGGAGUGUUUGUUCGCCAUGGGUUAUUGGAAGAGCUGUCCAAUGGUGUAUACGCCCAACGAAUGAAGCGGCGCAAUAUUCAGCUCAUCAUUGGUGAGUGCAAAGACGAGCACUUCAUGUACGGGACUUGGCGCCCGCCUCAGCCAGGCUACACUUACAUGCUGCACCGCCUCGAAGCCGACUAUCCUCGGGAAGCUUGUAAGGUACUGAUGUCACAUUACUUUCCUGGCCGGAAGCUUCCAUCGCGAUUUAAGAGCUGGCAGGAGGCGUUUGGCCACAUCUACGCUGAUGUGCAGAUUCACGCGCUACGACGGGGAAUGGUGAAUGCGCUUGUAGAACAUGGAGCCGGCAGUCUAAUUCACAGAUAUCGCAUCGAGUGGCGUGCACGGUGCGUGGACAAUGAGCUUCCCAGCCAUUUUGGCGUCACGCACGGGUCUGACAUUCCCAUCUGGUUCUGGGGCAAUGGCAGCGACUUGACUGAGGAGGAAAAGCAGAUUGCAGCACGGGCAUUUCAUCACCCGCUGAGUAAGUUUUUAAGGGGAGAGGAUAUGGAGUGGGGGACGGAGCAUGCGAUGCAAUUGCGGACGUUGAAGAGUGAUGGUCGGGUUGUAGUUGAAGAAGAUACGAGGAUCGAAGAAGGUCUCAGGCUCUGGGAUGCACUGAAGAAAGUUGGUGCGACGGGUGAGCCGAAGGAAUCAGCAAGGCUUUGA